GUUGAAGAAAUGACAUAAAGGAAGCAAAGUCAACAAAACAAAGGUGUUUGAACAAAAUAAAUAAAUAAUGGCGGAGGAUAAAUUAAGGGAAAAAUACCGAAAACAGAGACUGAACUCUGAAGUAGAAAGAUCAAAAGGGAUAAACAUGAAGCUCAAACUAUAUGCAGAUCGCAUGUCUCAGCCUGUUCGAGCUGUCAUCAUCUUCUGCAAGAAAAAUGGUAUAGACUUUGAGGAGAUUAGAGUUGAUAUCGCUAAGCGUCAAAAUUUAACUCCUGAAUACGCAGAAAUUAAUCCCAUGAAGCAGCUGCCCGCCAUCGUUGAUGGAAGAUUUAAGCUGUUUGAGAGCCAUGCCAUUCUUGUCUAUCUUGCUUCUUCAUUUCCUGGAGUUGCAGAUCAUUGGUACCCGGCUGAUGUUUUCAAGAGAAGUAAGAUACAUUUGGUGUUGGAUUGGCAUCACUCCAACUUACGUCGUGGUCCAACCACAAUUGUUCGGAAUACUGUCCUAGCACCGGUGCUUGGCCGUCCAUUGAAUCCAGAAGCAGCUGCUGAAGGUGAGAAAUUUCUGUCUGCAUCUCUGUCGAAGAUAGAGUCCGUUUGGCUCAAGGGUAAUGGCCGUUUUUUGCUCGGCGGGAACCAACCAUCUAUAGCUGAUCUUAGCCUCGUUUGUGACAUAAUGCAACUCGAGCUUUUGGGUGAGACGGAACGAAACAGGUUAUUGGGUCCUUACAAGGAAGUUCAGCUGUGGAUCGAAAACACAAGAAAUGCUACAAAUCCUCACUUCGAUGAAGUGCAUAAGAUCCUAAUGAAAGCCAAAGAAAAACUGCAAAAUCCGCGGUUGAAGGGAGCGAAUAACGAAGGUGGCGAAUCUGACAUGAAAAGAACUUUGCAUUCAAGAAUUUGACAAAUGGAAAACUGCAUUACCUGUAUGUAUCAUUAGUACUUGUAGCGUUUUAAUCUUUGCUCUUCUUUUUUUUGAAAAACAAUAGAUGCUAUAGUAAUGGAUGAUGAUUGAUGAAGUAUUAUUCUUAUUUUACCUGUUUUUUUA